UGUAAUAUUUCUAGAAUGCUUUGUUGACUAUCACCACCUAUCCACGCCAAUUUUAACUGGGAAAAUUUAUCACAUGUGUGAUAUUAAAUUAAAUAAAAGUUUACUUAAUAUUCACGGCUAACUAUACGACUACAACAGUUGUAGUUACUAUGGUAUUAGUUGAUAUAUUAAUCUAUUGAAAAUUUUCAAUUUUAUGAUUGUACAUAUUAGUAAUAAUAACAAUACGAAAUAUAACGAACGUAUUAAGGAAAACACAUAUAGCAACCUUUUCCAUAGUAGUAAACAUAUCUUUAUUAAAUAUAUUUUAAAAGGACACCUUGAUAAAAUCUAUAUCCUAAGUAAUUUAUUUUGUUUGAUGCCCUUGGUACGAUCCUCAGAUUUUGACAAGAUUACAUCAAUCAAUCGAUAUAUUAACUAACAAAAGCAUGCUAAAAUUAAACAAAUGUAGUAAGCCAAUUACAGAAGCUAAGUUGAUUUAUAAAUGUCCAAAACAUUUUUCAAGAUUUGGAAAGAGCUGUUACUAUCUGAGUAACAAAACAUUAACAUGGCAAGAAUCAUUUUUCGAAUGUAAAUAUCUAGCUAAAGGAAGUAAACUUGCUGUACUUGCUAAAAACUGGAAUGAUUUAAGUGCACAGCAAUUUUUAAAGAACAACGAGAAAGAAACUAAUGAAAGAUGGAUAGGUGGAAUAUAUGAUUGGUGGAGAAACGAAUGGAAAUGGGCAAAUUCUGGUCACAAAAUUUCAAACUAUCAACUAAACAACAUAGUUAAUUCUAUGAAUCCGCCACAAAAUUAUUGGCAAUGUUUAACUAUUAAUCCAAAAAAUAAUUUUAAGUGGAAUAUACAAAGUUGUUUAAAAGAAAAUUACUAUAUUUGCCAAACAAAAUUUCAGCCUAUGUGUACAAGUGAUAAAAAUUGAAAAUAAUACUUAUUACUUUUGAAUAGUCUAUAUUAACAAAUCCAUUAAUAGUAAGAUAAAGUUAAGUAAUUAUAAAUGCAUUAAAAAAAGCUCAAUUUUUUAUUACAAACUUUAAUUUAAUAUGAUAGCAAUGCAUAUAAGACAUAAAACAUAGAACUUGUUAAUCUAAAAUAAAUCUGUUAAAUAUUCUAAAAGAAAAAAUUAAUUCACAAUUACCCCAUUUGUUUAAAUUUAUAUCACUUCUCUCUAAACAGUAUAAUAUAAUUUAAUUCAAUAUAUUAUAACAACAUAUAUUAUAUAUUAUUAUAUACUAGGUGAAGGAACAAAUCUAACUAACGAGUCUUAAUCCCCGUGUUAUAACUUUUAAUCCAAUAAUUGUUUCUCUGUAAUUUUUAAAAAAUAAUUUUUACAUUUGAAAACUAUAUUAAAAGCUUAUUUUUUAUUAUAUUAAAAAAAAAUUAUUUUUUUAUUUGUAUUUUUUCAAAAUAGCCAUUUUUAUAAUUGGAGUUACUAUCCUCCUUUAUGACAAUGGACUAAGCAUCUGUCCUGGAGUAUUAAUGGUUGAGAAACUUCUUUCUUUGGAGGAGGCCGCUAUGGCACUUAAUGAUCAAAAAAAGGGGGAAAAAUGUUUGAAAAUGCCAUUUUUCAUGGUAAUGUAAUUUUGAAAUAAUUUUUUAAUUUCUAAGAUUGAGGAAGUUUUUUCAAAGUUUUGGCCCUGAUAGGUUCAACUAAAUUAAAACUAAAUACUUUUGACAUACAGAUGAUUAAAACAGUCCUGUGAGAGUAGAGAAUUUUCCUGGCCAGGUAUAAAAACAAACACAUACAAAAUUAAUAACUUCUUAGCUUAUAUCAAAACUAAAAUACGAUUUUAACUUAGCCUAAGAAUGUAUACUAUUAAAAAUUUUUUUAGCAUAAUGUUAAUUUUAUCAAAAAUUGUAAAAGUUUUCAGUUAAAUCUCUUCUAUAAAAUUCUAUAAAUAUACUUUAAAUUAAUUAAUUUAUAAUAAAGGUAUACUAUAAAGUAUUAAGUUAUUUUUAUACUACCCAUUAUAUAGUAAGUUAAAUGUUAACUGUUAACAAUAUAU